UCCGCUGAAACACGGCAAGAGCCUGAGGAAUCAAAGGCGCUCAUUACACGUUAGUCCGUUACCACUGGAGCAUCACCACUGAUCCCGCAGCACCCCUUCAGCUCUCUCGCUAUCAAAGCAACGUAAACAAUAAGCGGUUUGAAGGGACCGAGAGGAAUAUAUUAGACUCUCAACAGAACAAAGAACGCCGGCUGAUUUCACAGGGUCAGACAAACUAUUAAAGAAUAAAUGGAGUCAAGAAAAUAGGGAAUACACCAAGGCCUCCUGCCCCUGUUGGGUCCAAGGUGCAGCAGCGCGUGGACAGCUGGGAAAUGAAGUCCAUUCGGAAACAGUGGCGACGGCUUGCCCUCGGGCUUAUGCUGCUCUGGGUGCUGCUGUUCCUAGCUCUCCUCUCCUACUUUAUGGAGUCACGAGUGGAUGAGCCACAUUCUACGGGCGGCCUUACUUAUACGGACACCCGCCGUCUGACCUCACUGCAAGGUAACCCCCGCACCAUUAUGGCCACACAUUUGGGGCUCGCCACCUCCUCUAUGCCCCCUGCUUCCAGUGACACCCAACAGGAGCAAAACCAGGAUGAAAACCCCAGUGCCAAUCCCCAGCCUAGUCCACUCAGCCAGGAAGAAUACCCCUUCCCAGAUCUUCAGAGCCUGGCGGCCUGGUCCUCAUUUGGCACCCAAGACGUGGGCUCAAGAUCGGGCGAUGUGAGUUUCAACCGUGAACGACAAGAGUACAACCAGGAUUCACCUCAAAAGGUUGAAGAUGAUGAAGAGGAGGUGGUGGGUGGGGAAGAAGACGAUGAUGAAGUAGGAGAGGAGGACAGGAGGAGGACGACAAUUAAACGGGCCACAGUGACAAGGCGGGAUAACUCCAAUCCAGAUGAGUACUAUGUGCCGAGAUCUAAAUCUGUAGUACGUGGACUUUGGAGAGGGAAUUUGUCAGUGGGCAUGCUUAGUCCACGUCUCCAGAGAGCAGUGAAAGACUACCUGAAUAAUAAUAAACACGGUGUGUCCUACAGGGGGCACCGGAAGGCUCAACAGAGCGGCCAAAAAGUAAUGUGUGAGCUAAAGAAGAGAGGGAAGGUUAGAACUUUGGAUGGGGCUGAGAUGCCUUUCUCCAAAUUAGGCUGGGAGAAGAUUGUACCUGCCUUACCUUUAAGCCAGCUCUAUGGGCCAGGCUUCCAGUCCUGUGCGGUGGUCACCUCUGCUGGAGCCAUGCUCCACUCUGGACUUGGCAAGGAUAUUGACUCCCAUGAUGCAGUUCUGCGGUUUAAUACAGCUCCUACUGAGGGUUAUGAAAGAGACGUUGGAAAUAAAACCACCGUACGCAUCAUCAACUCUCAGAUCCUGGCUAAUCCCAAGCAUCGGUUCAACACUAGCUUAUUAUAUAAGAAUGCAACACUGGUGGCGUGGGACCCCGCUCCAUACACCCUUAACUUGCACAAAUGGUACUCGAAUCCAGAUUACAACCUGUUCACACCAUACGUGGAAUACCGGAUGCACUUCCCCGCUCAGCCUUUUUAUAUCCUGCAUCCUAAAUACAUCUGGCAGUUAUGGGAUGUGAUCCAGGGUAACAAUCUGGAGAACAUUCAGCCCAACCCACCCUCCUCAGGGUUCAUAGGCAUCCUGCUAAUGAUGUCACUAUGUGAACAGGUCCACGUGUACGAGUACAUUCCUUCACUACGACAGACUGACCUGUGCCACUACCACGAGCGUUACUAUGAUGCAGCUUGCACUCUGGGUGCGUACCACCCCCUGCUCUACGAGAAGAUGCUCAUCCAGCGCAUGAACAUCGGCUCCGAGGACGACCUCAAGAGGAAAGGCAAGGUCACACUCCCCGGUUUCAAGAACAUCCACUGUGAGCCCUGAACCCAGAUAAAGACGCAAUAACUGCCUUUGCAAAGCAGACGAGAUCUGCAGACUUAUGCAGCACUAUGCAAAGUCAGACUUGCCAGCUGUUUAGAAUUGAUCAUGUUGUAAGACUGGAUGGAGUUCUGCAGGGCAAAACCAUGUGUUGUAGGUCACUUAAAAAUGCAUUUCCUGAGCCUUUGUUAAAAAAGAUGGUUAGAAUAGCAAUAGAGAUGUCACGAGAACAGUCAUUUUUAUAAAUCUGUGGAUGUUUGUGGUGCUGAAAGCCAACAACAAAAAAACAGUAUGUUAUUUUUUUUUAAUUGAAACUGUUUUUCACAGGGUUGGAAAUGUUAGCAGUCAUAGACACUGAAAGCAGCACUGUCAAAACGAGCAUUCACACAAACUCACAAUGACAUGGGCACCACUUUUUUUUUUUUUUUCAGAUUUAGAUCUAAAAGAAUUAAUUAAAAUUAUUUGUCUAUAGACUUUUUGUCAUGUUAUGAUUGUAAUUUUUUAUUUUAUUAUUAUUUUGUUCUGCUGUAAUAUUCACAACCCUUUUUGAGAAUAUUUGGCUCUUCUAAAACAUUUUUCAUAACUGUGGUAAAUGAUUUCUUCCUACUCUGCUUUAAUGUUAGAGUCCUCCAUUUUUAAUAGCAAAGGCAGAAUACUUAAACAAGUUGAAUAUUCCUCUUAUUGAACAAGUCAGCAAAAAGGAGCUUUUGAAAAAAAAAAAAAAUAAUUGUUUCAAUAAAGGAAAAUGAGAGUUGGCUUAAUUUUUAGUUCUUUUUUUAGCCAUUUUCUACUUUGAAGAAUCUGUCGUCAUAGGCGGUUUACAGGAAAUAGAGGGUUCUCCUUUUCAGAAUAAGUGUUGAUUAAGGAUUUGAUUGCUUGUACUGUGGAUUUAUUGCAGCACUGUAAAUAUUAUCUGGGACUUUAAGGCUGCUUGGCAAUAUAAAAAGUACAGUGGUGAUAUUUAAUAUAAACCGAGGUAGCCUGGUCUUUUUUUAAUGUCUUGUAACACCUAAAAAUAAGAGGUUUUCUUGACUCCUGCUGGAGUCUUCUUUAAAGCGAAUGAAUUACCAAGGCAUCUUUGCAUUGUCUUCUCUUAAAUGUGCAGUUGUUAAUUUGAAUUGAUUCACUCUGUGGUUUGACGUGGAUGUACAUAGACUUUUUUUUGUUUUGUUUUUUAACAGAAGGAAAAACUUGAAGGUUUGUUAAUUACUCGUUUGCAUUGUUUCAAUGUGUGCCAUUUAAAUAAGACAGAAAACUUACACGAGCUAUUUUUUCUGUAGAUCUGUUAAGGAGAGCUAAAGUCUGUUUUAAUUGUUGUUGUAUAUUGUAGAAGUAAACUAGUAUGGUAAUUGAUGAUUUCACUCAGGAGCUAAAAAUACUCAAACUUUGGUUUUCACCAGAGAGACAUUUUUUUAUCUUGUUGUUGUAUAGACUGAGGAGCGUAAAGCUAAUAUUCAACCUUGUUUCCCCAUGUUGGGGGUUUGUAGAUGUAUAGAAAUUGGGCAGUGAUUAUUUCAUUUAACUUUUUUCUUUUUUUUUUUUUUUUCUGUGGAAUAUUGAACAAGUAGGUUUGGAUGUAAUAUACCAUAUUCCCUACACAUACCACUGUUGUUAAAACAACUAUAAGCCUCUGUUCCGAAACAUAGUGAGCUGCCUACUUACAUAGGCAGCUGUCUUUAAGGCAACACCCUAACUGAAAUGGAACCUCAUAUCAGAUUGAUUUGUGACAUUUUACAUUGGCAGCAACUCUUUCAGUGACUCUACUCGAAUUGAUUGAGAGUUUGGCAUUAGCAUGUUGCUACGCCAUAACAAACUGCAUAAAAUAGUUAGUUGCUAAAAAUUUUAACCAACGUUUACAAUUAACAUUUCUCUUGCUUUGUUCGCCAUAUUGGAUUAUUUUUUUCCACUGAGCUGGUCACAGUCCAUUACAGGAUUACCUUCACCAUGAAGGAUAGCAUAAUGUAACAUUAUCCUACCUUUUGGAAUAGCCUUCAUGCUGGGUUGCAUUUAUGAUGCCUUCAAAUUCUGCUUAUGGGAGGCUCACUAGUUUUGGAAUAAAGAUGUAUACUGUGUUUUACUAAACCUACAAUGUGUCUUUUCUAAAUAUGACUCACUGGUUGGGGCUAAAUGACCAGGCAUUUUUUUUAUUGAAAGGGUAGUGGAUAAAGUACAGGAAGUGGGGAAAAAUGACAAAAACCAAACUCGAGCUUGUGUCACCUGCAUGAACAUCACCGCUCAAUGUGUCAGGGCAUCGGUGGAGCCUAACUGUUAUACCAUGGCCCUGACUAAUAAUUGUUUUUUAACAUGUGAUGGCCAAAAUUGCUUUGUGACCUAUGGAGGGACUAAAACUCUGCUUCCUCUUUUCUCAAUUGUCAGUUUUUUUUUACUUCACGUUUGGAGGUAAAGUCAUACGAGUCCUUCUUCUGUGAAUGUCUUUUCGAAGCUUUUAAUUUAGCAUUUGGUAUUUUAGCAGCAAAAAACCCAGUCACUGUUUCUUACAGAGAGAAGGCGACUUUAGAUACAAGCAUUAUCUCAAGAGUAUUAUUUAAGUGUUUAGUGUAACAUCUAUUUUGCUUGAUUUUUUUAUGUUGUUGGUUGCUAUGACUACUUUGGAGAGAAUACAGAAAGAAAUGUACAGUAAAGUAAAGUGCAUAGAGCAUGUGAUGUAAAGCAGAGCUUGUUAGUAUAAAAGAUAAAUAUGCAGUUAUGGAAAUGUUAAGAUUUAGCCAUUUGUAAUGGGAAAAUGAGCUUGGUCUUUAGGGUUGUUUUUGAGCAUAUGGUCUUUGUAAAAAAAUAAAAAAAUAUUUGCAGGUGAUUUCACUGGCGAACUUUAGUGCAGCUUCAAGGAUGUGCACAGUAGAAUCCAGAGGACUGUGCCAAAUGUUAAGUGUUUUCCUGGGUUUGUUAGAGUAUGUGAAUGGUACCGUAUCUGUGGUACUGUACAUCUGUGCUCAAGUCAGAAGUUUACAUACACUUAGGUUGAAGUCAUUAAAACUCAUUUUUUUAACCACUCCACAGAUUUCUUAUUAGCAAACUAUAGUUUUGGCAAGUUGUUUAAGACAUCUACUUUGUGCAUGAUACAAGUAAUUUUUCCAACAAUUGUUUACAGACAGAUUGUUUCACUUUUAAUUGAGUAUAUCACAAUUCCAGUGGGUCAGAAGUUUACAUACAGUAAGUCAACUGUGCCUUUAAUCAGCUCGGAAAAUUCCAGAAAAUGAUGUCAAUCCUUUAGGCAAUUAGCCAAUUAGCUUCUGAUAGGCUAAUUGUAGUCAAUUGGAGGUACCUGUGGAUGUAUUUUAAGGCCUACCUUCAACCUCAGUGCCUCUUUGCUUGACAGCAUAAGAAAAUCAAAAUAAAUCAGCAAAGACCUCAGAAAAAUAAUUGUGGACCUCCACAAGUCUGGUUCAUCCUUGGUAUCACAUUCAUCUGUACAAACAAUAGUACGCAAGUAUAAACACCAUGUGACCAUGCAGCCAUCAUGCCGCUGAGGAAGGAGACUCAUUCUGUCUCAUAGAGAUGAAUGUAGUUUGGUGUGAAAAGUGCAAAUCAAUCACAGAACAACAGCAAAGGACCUUGUGAAGAUGCUGGAGGAAACAGGAAGACAAGUAUCUGUAUUCACCGUAAAACGAGUCCUAUAGCGACAUAACAUGAAAUGUUGCUCAGCAAGGAAUAAGCCAAUGCUCCAAAACCGUUGUAAAAAAGCCAGACUACAGUUUGCAAGUGCACAUGGGGACAAAGGUCUUACUUUUUGGAGAAAUGUCCUCUGGUCUUAUGAAACAAAAAUGUAACUGGCCAUAAUGACCAUUGUUAUGCUUGGAGGAAAAAGUGUGAGGCUUCCAAGCCGAAGAACACCAUCCCAACCGUGACGCAUGGGAGUGGCAGCAUCAUGUUGUGGGGGUGCUUUGCUGCAGGAGGGACUGGUGCACUUCACAAAAUAGAUGGCAUCAUGAGGAAGGGAAAUUAUGUGUAUAUACUGAAGCAACAUCUCAAGACAUCAGACAGGAAGUUAAAGCUCAGUCGCAAAUGGGUCUUUCAAAUGGACAAUGACCCCAAGCAUGCCUCAAGUUGUGGCAAAAUGGCUUAAGGACAACAAAGUCAAGGUAUUGGAGUGGCCAUCACAAAGCCCUGACCUCAAUCCAAUAGAAAAUUUGUGGGCAGAACUGAAAAGGCUUAUUUUUAGAAGCUUGUGGAAGGCUACCCAAAAUGUUUGACCCAAGUUAAACAAUUGAAAGGCAGUGCUACCAAAUACUAACAAAGUGUAUGUAAACUUCUGACCCACUGGGAAUGUGAUGAAAGAAAUAAAACCUGAAAUAAAUCAUUCUCCCUACAAUUAUUCUGACAUUUCACAUUCUUAAAAUAGUGAUCCUAACUGACCUAAGACAGGGAAUGUUUUCUAUGAUUAAAUGUCAGGAAUUAUGAAAAACUGAGUUUAAAUGUAUUUGGCUAAGGUGUAUGUAAACUUCUGACUUCAACUGUUUAUAUGUGAAUAGUCUUCAUCUUUUGACUGUAAAUAUCUGCAAUGUCAAUAACAAGCCAGUUCACAUUUAAAAGCCAUGGGAGGUUUUAUAAUGAUUAUUUCUCCAUAUGUUAAUACACAUGUGUCAUUGAAUUACUUUUUAAGCUACUAAAUGUUUGUGUAUUUUUUGACCAUUGUUUCUAUAUUAAAACCUUGACCAUUACUUGACAAGAAAGA